UUGAGUUUGUCGCAAAAACUCUAUUCCUUCAAUCUGAAUAUACAAAAAAAAACAGAGAAUUUUAGUUCUAAUUUAAAGAAGUUUUAUAUUUACAGUUCGGGUGAAACUAUUACAGAAAGAGUUUUAAAACCAGGGAAAGAUCUUGUAGCUGCUGGAUAUGCUAUAUAUGGAGCUUCAACUCUUCUUGUCCUAGCAAGCCAAGGAGGAACUGUACUUUAUCAGUUGGAUCCAUCUAUUGGGGAGUUCGUGCUCAUGCGAAAAUUAACUGUCCCUGCAAAAGGAAAUAUUUUCUCCAACUUAAACCUCCAAGAAGACGUGUCUCCAAACCUGAGUUCCUUGAGGACCUUGAGUACGGAUGGGAAAAACGGUGAAACAACUACGUCAGCAAAUGUCGUCUUAGAUGUACAUUCCUUAUUAGUUAAGGGUGGUUCUGUUGUGUGCAUAGUGGGGGUUGGUUUACUCUAUCUAGCUGGACCUUUAGCAUACAUAGUAGAGAAGGCUGGUGGUAAGGCUAGAGCAGAAGCUGAAGAAGUUUGUGAUAUUAUACCUAGAGAUAUUCACACAAAAAUAACAUUCAAGAUUGGAUCUUCCCGUGUAGACAUGAAUACAGACGGACUAAAGGAGGAAUAAAUAUUAAAUCAAUAUACUUUUGUGAUUUGAGGAUGAUAAAAUUCUUUUUUGAAUUGUUUAAUUAAAUAAUUUAUGAAUUUACGAAAAAAUAGACUUUUCAGUCAA